AUGUCCUCCAUCUGGCACGACAUCCUCCUCAUUCCGCCUCCGUCUCCCGCCAAUGAAUUCUCCUCCCCGCGCCACCCCGGCCCCCCCUUCCCCGCCUGCACCUUCUCCUUCGUCUGCCGUUCCGCCAAGUCCCCGUCUGCCGAUUGCGGGCCCGGGAGCCGAAAGCUUCGUCGCCGCGACGACCCCCUUUUCCUGCGGGAGAAGCGGAAGGUCGUGUUGGGCCUAGACGGCAGUCGUAUUAAAACUACCCUCCCCUCUCUCACACCUCCCCCGCCUGUUAAACAUUCGCUCCUGCAUUCCACCAUCCGUUGCUUCGUUGUCUUGCUCCAAACUCGCUCCCAGCUCCUCCCAGCCAAUCUGUCGCUCCUUUCUUCCUCCCUCCCUCUCCUCGCCCUCCCCGUUUUCCUCUCCCUGCGGUUCCUCGUCCCCGCAGGUCGCUCCCCCAAUCCCUGCCUCGGCGCCUCCUCCUCUCUUUCAUUUGCAGAAGCAGCGGAAAAAGAGGCGCGGGGAAGACCUUUCGGACUCCAAGGCUUGAGAACAAAGAGCCUGGAGAGGGGAGCGUGGGGCGGCGGAAGCGGCGGAAGCGGAGGAGGAGCCCUCAUACGAACCUCACGAAUCGGCGGUCGAGAUUCGUUGAUCGGACGCGUGACGUUGGGAGCGGAGGAACCCGAGGAGGAAUGGGGCAAGUCUGGAAGAAAAUCAGAGGAAGCGGAGGAUCAAGCGGAACAAGCAGCCAGGCAAGCCAGGGAAGCAGAGGAGGCGGAGAAAGCAGCGGAGCAAGCGAGGGAAGCGGAGCAAACGGUGCUGUACGCGCACAGCACGUGGCGGAUCCUCUGCCCCACUCUGCGCCGCCCCGUUCUCAAACGCCUGGGCAGCUCGCACCUACCCGAGAAACAGCCGCAGCAGCAGGAGCUGCAGGAUAGGCUUGUCCGCAGCCCCCCUGUACCUGCAUCCCGUUCUGCCUAUGCUCUGCCGGAUUCCUCAUAUUCAGCCUCGUCUGAAUCAGAUUCGUUAUCGUCCAAGGCUGCGUGCUCCAGCCGGGCGGUCUCAUUCCUCUCUUCUCAAGCCUGGUCAUCCUCCUUCCGGGUUGACCAUAAAGUCACACCUCCCUCCUCUAUCCCUUCCUCUCACUCCCUCGUCUCGACCCCCUCCUCUCACUCCCUCAUCUCGAUCCCCUUCUCUCACUCCCCCAUCCAAUCCCCUUCCAAUCACUCCCUCGUCCCAAUCCCCUGCUCACACUCCCUCUCGCUCCUCCCCCGCCCCUUCUGCUCGCCGCUCCAGUCUGAAAUCAGCCGGUGCUACCCCCACCGCCUCUUCUCCAAAGUUAGUCUCCCCCUCUCCUCGCUGCUCCCUUUUUAA